AUGGCCGACGAUCUACUACAGAUGUUUCAAAGCAUUACAACCAGUGAUCGGGAUGAGUUAGUGGACCAAUUUGCCCAUUUGUUGCAACUGGAUGUGCAAACAGCCACAUUUUUUCUUGAAUCGUGCAAUUGGAAUGUAGAGACGGCAGCCAAUAAUUAUCUUGUCACGAUGGAGACCACAGGAGGCAUGAAUUCUACGGAAGGAAUUGAUGCAGCAAAAGAAGUGGACAUGGAAGAUGAUGAAGAUAUAAUUAAUAGACACAGUCAACAACAACAUCAGCAGCCUAAUUCUGCCUCCUAUCAGGCUCAAUUUAUUAGUGACUUGUCCGCAAUGCAAAAUACGCUCUUCGCGCCAGAGACACCAGUACACAUGCAAUGGAGUUUUGUUAAUACUGGAAAUGAGGCAUGGCCGAUAGAUACACAACUCUUGUUUGCGCAAGGCACGACCUUCGAAGGGCCAGAGAGAAUUGAGGUGGCGGCGCCAGUAGGUCAACGGAUAGACAUUCAUGCACCAUUAUGCAUGCCAUCGGAACCAGGAUCAUAUGUUGGUAGCUGGAGACUGCACUGCUCGGGAGGAUUCUUUGGCGAUCCAGUGUGGGUUGUUGUUACUGUAGGCACGCAUGAAGCUGCUGCGGCGUUUGCUUUGCAGCAACAGGCUGCUGCAGCUGCAGGCAAUGACUCCUCCAAGUUUUGA